UAUUGAAUUGCUGGUUUUUUAUAUUUCAGGAAACUAAGAGUUGAACCAUUUAACAUGAAUAAGGUAAAUGAGACUGUCCAGUGGGAGUUCAUCCUGUUAGGUUUCUCAGAUCGACUGGCUGAGCUUCCAGUCUUUGUGGUGCUCCAGGUUUCCUAUAUCUUGACUAUCCUUGGCAAUCUGGCAAUAAUUCUUGUGUCAUGUCUGGACUCCAAACUCCAUACCCCCAUGUAUUUCUUUCUUACCAAUCUGUCUCUCCUGGACCUUUGCUACACCACAAGCACAGUUCCACAAAUGCUGAUAAAUACAUGCAGCACCAGGAAGGUAAUUAGUUAUGGUGGCUGUGUGGCCCAACUUUUCAUUUUCCUGGCCUUGGGUUCCACUGAAUGUCUUCUCCUGGCUGUCAUGUCCUUUGAUAGAUUUGUAGCUAUUUGUCGGCCUCUCCGUUACUCAGUCAUCAUGCACCAAAGGCUCUGCCUCCAGCUAGCAGCUGCAUCCUGGAUUAGUGGCUUUAGCAACUCAGUAUUGCAGUCCACCUUGACCCUUCAGAUGCCACAGUGUGGCCACAAAGAAGUGGAUCAUUUUUUCUGUGAAGUCCCUGCUUUGCUCAAGUUGUCAUGUGUUGACACAACAGGAAAUGAGGCUGAACUAUUCUUCGUCAGUGUGCUAUUCCUUCUAAUACCCUUGACGCUCAUCUUUACGUCAUAUGCUUUCAUUGCCCAAGUAAUGGUGAGAAUACAGUCAGCUGAAGGUCGGCAGAAGACAUUUGGGACGUGUGGCUCCCACCUAAUUGUAGUGUCACUUUUUUAUGGCACUGCCAUCUAUAUGUACCUGCAACCACCAUCCCUUUCCUCCAAGGACCGGGGAAAGAUGGUGUCCCUUUUCUAUGCAAUCAUCACACCCAUGUUGAACCCCUUUAUAUACACACUUAGAAACAAAGAUGUAAAGGGAGCUUUUAAAAGGUUGGUUGCAAGGGUCUUCUUGAUCAAAAAAUAAGAUAUAUGAUAAAAACCAAAAAACCCAUUGCUGUCAAGUUGAUCCCGACUCAGAGCAACUCUAUAGGACAGAAUAGAGCUGUCCCAUAGGGCUUCCAAGGAGUGGCUGGUAGAUUCCAAACGCCAACCUCUUGGUUAGCAGCUGAGCUCUUAACCACUGAGCCACCAAGGCGCUUAAGAAAUAUGAUUGAAAACAAACAAAAAGAAAACUCAAACCUGUUGCCGUCAAGUCUAUUCCAACUCAAAGUGGCCUAAAGACUUGAAAUUUAC